AUUUUAUGCUGCUUCUGCAUAAAAAAAAUGACCCGAGUUUGUUUGUUGUUGCGCCGUUCAGUUGUCCUGGCAAAGAAAUUUUAUCCGUGGAAUAUCUUCACUUUUCUGACUGAAAUCCCAUCUUCAAGUGAUACAAUUCAGUCAAUCGUUUCGCGAAAAAUGUGUACAACGUGAAUUUGGUAUGUUUAGAACAGAAAAUGUGGUGCUUUGUGCAGUUUUUCGAUGGCAAAGAUUAUGCAAAUAUUCUAUGUGGUCCGAAGUCAGUGUGACGUCAGUGCAGUGUUUCGUGGCUGCCUCGUUCAAGGAGGAAACGAAUGUUUUCGGAAUCGUUCGGUUUUAUGAUUUUGCGAAAUAAUCGCUUCCGCACCCACACAAAUUGAUACAGCUAUCAAUGAUGUCCUCCAAACUGCCUAUUCGUAAAAAUGUUGAACCAUUAUUCAGAAUCGUCUCAGAUUUGGACAAACCGUCCAUCGUUUCCUCAUCUCCAAUUGCAACCGUCAAGGCCGAUAACGCGACAGAUCACUUUCGCUUCCGCCGAAAAGCACACAAAUCUCGGAUUCCUGGACCAGCUCGCACUUAUGUCGGAAAGAUUGUUAGCCGAAGUAAAAGUGCCGACGAUUUGUUGGCAGGUAACGAUCGAAGCUACAAAGAAGCGAAAGACCCUGGGGAUCGACUAGAAAGAGUUGUUCGAGCAAAGGAUCACCAGAUUUCGAAACUGGUCGAGAAAAUAACUACGUUGUUCGAGUGUAACAGCCAAUUCGCGGUAGAACAUGAAAAACUUCAGAAAGAAUAUAAGCAGCUUGAGCAAAAUCUUAAGGCCCUGGAAUCGGCACAACCGAAAAGUUGCGAAACAUGUGGUCAAUUUGAGUCCGAACGUGAAAUGCUGUCAAAAGAUAACGGGGAUUUGAAGAACGACAUCAAGAUGAUGAAAAUCCUGGUUUACCGAUUGAACGUUCAGGUUGAGCGAUACCAAGAUGUGAUCCGGGAAGGAAGUAAAGUCACCGCAUCUGGCGGUGUUCCAAAGAUAGACUUCGUUGACAGUUCGUACGGUGGAGCAAAGGACAAUCUCAACUGGGGCCCAGUAAAUUCGCACACGUUGGGGCCACUUUUGAAUGCGUAUGAGGAAACGAUAGCGGAAAAGAACGAUUUGGUGCAACAAUACGAGCAGGAGUUUAUUGGGUUUACUGGAAAACUCAAGCAAGUGCUAGAGGAAAACGAAAAGCUUCACAAGGAUGCUGAGGAGAUCAAAAGCACACAAAGCAAUUGGUUGGCAGAACGCACGCGACUCCAUGCUCAAAUCGAUGUGUUCAAAAGCAAAGCUGAAAUCCAAGGGAAACGAGCGGAUUUGGCGAAGGAGAAACUGGUGGAGGUAUUGAAAUGUUACGAACAAAAAAUUCAAGCCCAAUGCCUCGAUAUCGAACGUCUUCAAGAAGCAUAUUCUCGUUCUAAAGGUGAAGUGACAUCGCUUAGAAAUCUCAAUCAGAAACCGGAAGUAGUGGUCGAAGGUUUAAAGGAAUGUCAUAAAUUAUUUGAGGAGAUGAAAAUCCAACAUGACUCGGAAAAGUCACGAUUCUCUGAUGAGGUUGAUUCUUUAAAAGCAGCUAUUCUCACAAAGAAUGAAGAACUUUCCAAACUACAGCUCCAAUCCACCGAGCAAGAGAAGGUGUUCGAUCGACAAAGAGAAAUCAAUGAAGCCCUAAUGGAGAAGAACGCCGCGCUCAAACAAUCGCUCCACCACUGUAGACAAUCGAAGGAAGCCCUCAAGGCGAGACUGAAAAACGUGGUCACCUGGGGCAAGGGAGUAGAGCAACGGCGUGAUCAACUGAGUGAUGCCUGGCGCCACACCAAAGCGUUGGAAGACAAAAUUCGCCAUAGGGAUGAGCAGCUGCAUUCCUUGCAUGUGCAGUAUGGCGCCCAAGUGGAACAGCUGCAGCGCAGGUUGAAGCAACGAGAGGACAGUCUGCGUAGAAUACUGGAGGAAAAGGCACAAUACAGGCAGGUUUAGCGUUCGGUUGAAGGUCUCGUUCAGGUCUCAUCGUCGUAAGUAUAGUCGAAAAGUACAAAUCGAAAAUAUCCAUAGUUGGUUAGAUUUAGAAAAAAAAAAACGAAGUAACAAAUGCGCAUCGAAUGCACCAUAAUGUUAGAACCAUCACUUUAAACUAGUCCAAUUCGUACGCUUUAAUAAAUUAAUGUAUUAUCGGA